AUUUGAUGAAAUUGUUGGUGGAUUUGAUCAACUGCCUAACGCCAUAUAUCAGGACAUUUCAAAAAUGGUGCAUGUCAAUGCCCGCGUAACCAAGAUACAGCAGAAUGCUGAGAAAGUUACAGUGAUAUAUCAAACACAAGCAAAGACCUCGUCAUAUGUGACAGCUGAUUAUGUCAUUGUGGCCUCCACAUCAAGGGCCACCCGUCGCAUCAAUUUUGAACCACCCCUUCCGCCUAAGAAAGCACAUUCUUUGCGGUCUAUCCACUUCAGAAGUGGCACCAAGAUCUUCUUCACAUGCUUUAAGAAGUUCUGGGAAGCUGAGGGCAUUAGUGGUGGGAAGUCCACAACUGAUCUUCCAUCCCGAUUCAUCUACUACCCCAACCAUAACUUUACUAGUGGCGUUGGGGUUAUUCUGGCCUAUGUCAUUGCUGAUGAUGCCAAUUUCUUUCAAGCCCUUGAUCAAAAGGACAUUGCUGAUAUUGUCAUUAAUGACCUCUCAUCCAUCCAUCAGCUGCCCAAAAAAGAGAUCCAGGCCUACUGUCACCCCUCUAUUGUACAAAAAUGGAGCCUGGAUGAGUAUGCUAUGGGUAGUAUAACUUCCUUCACUCCCUACCAGUUUCAAGAUUAUAGUGAACCUCUCACUACACCAGCAGGCAGAAUUUACUUUGCAGGGGAGCACACUGUUAAACUUCAUGGUUGGUUGGACAGCACAGUUAUGUCAGGGCUGAGGGCAGCAAGAAAUGUGAACCGUGCUUCUGAGAAGCUAGGAAUCCACCUGAGCAACGACAACAAUUGA